AUGUCGCGCCCUCUGAAGCAAAGAAACAUAGCCUGCGCUCGCUGUUUCCGUCUUAAGCGGAAAUGUGACCACGCAAAGCCAUCUUGCAGUGAAUGUCGUCGCAAAGGAGCUGAAUGCUUGCCCGCCAAGUCUCGGAAGUCGGGCGAUAACAUUACAAUCCCACUUGAAUAUUUGAGACAACUAGAGAAACGAGUAGCAGAGCUCGAUCAUAGUUCAAAUGCGAACUCAACAAGCUCAUGCGAGAUUGGUGUUCAGACAGAUUUUGAUGAUUUGGAUUGCACCGAUGCACGACAGUUGCUGGUCGACUCCGAUAUAAUCAGCAGCACGGAGAAUGACAUUCCCUCUUUGGUAUUCCCGGAAUUGCAAUACCAGGGCCUGAAGUCUCGCCGAACGCCUCUAUCACAGUACUCGUCUGAUGCAUUCUCCCUAUUAACGGAGUCUUCCUUCAACUUACCCUGGAUAGACAUGGCUCCUAUAUAUUCAUUUACUAGCGACGACUCAUCCUGGCUGAAAGAGCUAUACGCAAAUAUGUACUUCUCAGUCACCCACCGCGAAUGGCCAUUUUUAGACGAAGCUGCAUGGAAAUCAUGGCAUACGGAAGCAAUACUGAAUGGACAGGAUGAAUGGAGAGCCUUCUUUUUGCGAAUGGUAUAUGCCAUUGGCGCAUCUCUUUCCAGUACUUUACAGCGUGAUCCAUCGCACUCGGUGCGCUCGAAGGAAUUUUAUACAUCGGCAAUGAGAUAUUACCCCUAUGUUGUUGGUCAUUCGUCUUUGGUAUUACAGAUUCAAGCUUCGUUGCUUAUGAUUCUGUAUGCGUUGCAUUCUCCAUCCUCUGAGGAGAUCACGACGAGUGUUUCUUCCGUAUUACCUUUUUGUGCGGCUGCAAUGACGGAGAUUCGGAAACACGCCUCUAUCCGCAGGGAGAAUGGAUCGGCCACGGAGCCCGAUGAAGUUCUAUCGGAGAAGAUGUUUAUUACCUGUUACAUGCUCAACGAGGUCAUUGUCUCUGGUUGGGAUAGGCCCGUAUCGGCUGCGGACCGGGUUGUGGACGAUGACGUAAGUUAUGUCUGA